AUGGUCAAAGCAGUCUGCGUUCUCCGCGGCGACGCCAAGGUCGCCGGCACCGUCACCUUUGAGCAGGAGUCCGAGUCGGCACCCACCACCAUUACCUGGGACAUUACCGGCAACGACCCCAACGCGGAGCGCGGCUUCCACAUCCAUACCUUUGGCGACAACACCAACGGCUGCACCUCGGCCGGCCCGCACUUCAACCCGCACGGCAAGACACACGGCGCGCCCACCGACGCCGCCCGCCAUGUCGGCGAUCUCGGCAACAUCAAGACGGACGGCCAGGGCAACGCCAAGGGCUCCGUCCAGGACAGCCACGUCAAGCUGAUUGGCCCCCACAGCGUCGUCGGCCGUACCGUUGUUGUCCACGGUGGCACCGAUGACCUCGGCAAGGGCGGCAACGAGGAGUCCCUCAAGACUGGCAACGCCGGCCCCCGUCCCGCCUGUGGUAAGACUCACAUGAUCUGGCAGCACACUUCGACAGGCUUGCUAACUGCUUUGUAG